AUUUGAGAUGGCAGGAACUUUUGCGUUGAUCCAGUCCACUUAGGAUAUGUGGAAACCAUAUACUGUAUAAAGUCUACUGAUGACACACUUUAGAGGCAGGCCAUAGUUGGUAAGGGUGUGUAAAUCCUGGACUUGGAGGCGGAACAUGUAGGCAGCCUGGCAGACUAAAUCUAGGGCAAGCGUUUGAGUGAACUUUUCACCCCUUUCCAAAGGGUUUUUUUUUUUGCCACCGCGGGCUGUCUAUAGCAACCGUGAAGUGCAUUCGGCAACAAGAAAGGGGCCUGGACGGAGUUGUUGAAUGGGCAUCAGAUCAACAUCUGACAGUGUGAAAGCUAGCUCCUUUCUGAGAAAAUCAGUCUGAGAAAUAUGGAUGGUAGUGGCAGAAAUAAUGAUGCGCAAGCAGAGCUGGACUCAGUGGAGGCUGAGUUGGAGUUGGUGGAGCUGCAGAUCACGGAACUCCUGCAGAAGCAGGCUGAGCUGACUUCUCGUAAGAAUACACUGCUGCAGCGGUUGGAGGAGGCCUGUGACGCUGCACAGUCAUCAUCCUCAUGCUCAUCUUCCUUAAAGUCAUCUGGAGCUGCUCCUGUAAUGAGCAAGCAGGAGAUGCAACGCUAUGAUGGCACAGAUUUUCCAUGGUCCAAAGAAGUGGAGCAACACCUGAAGGACUCGUUCCAUCUCUCCAAGUUCAGACCACUGCAGCUGAGAGCCAUAAAUCUGACCCUGUCGGGCAAAGAUCUCUUCUUGGUUAUGCCUACAGGAAGAGGAAAAAGCCUCUGUUACCAGCUGCCUGCAGUCUGCUCCAAGGGUUUUACACUGGUUGUAACUCCCUUGGUGUCCCUGAUGGAGGACCAGAUCAUGUACCUGAAGUCAAUCGAUGUGUCCGCAGUCAUGCUGAAUGCGUCCAGUAGCAAGGAGCACGCUAAGACAGUCAUGGCUGGAAUGACAGAUCUGAAGGCCCCUUUCAAGCUGGUGUAUGUGACUCCAGAGAAGAUUGCCAAGAGCAAGCUGCUAAUGUCUCGUCUGGAGAAAGCCUACAACGCAAACCUGCUGAGUCGCAUCGCUGUAGACGAGGUGCACUGCUGCAGCCAGUGGGGACAUGACUUCAGACCAGAUUAUAAGAUGCUGGGCAUCCUGAAGAGGCAGUUCCCCAAAGUGCCACUGCUCGGCCUCACAGCCACAGCAACCAGCAGCGUCCUCAAGGACUGCGAGAAGAUCCUGUGUGUGCCACAGCCAAUCACACUCACCGCCUCCUUCAACCGAACCAAUCUCUACUAUGAGGUUCGUAUUAAAGACUCUGACAAUGAUGCAUCAAUAAGUAACAUCGCCUCUCUGAUCAAGAACAGAUACAAGGACCAGUCAGGGAUUGUGUAUGUGUUCUCACAGAAGGAUGCAGAGUCUGUGUCAUCUGAACUCCAGAAGAGGGACAUUCUGGCCUAUCCCUACCAUGCUAACAUGGACCCUGAUGAUAAGUCCCGGAUUCACCGCAAGUGGACCUCCAACAAAAUCAGGGUGGUUGUAGCCACUGUGGCGUUUGGCAUGGGCAUCGACAAGCCCGAUGUCAGGUUUGUCAUCCACCACACCAUCAGCAAGUCCAUCGAGAACUACUACCAAGAGAGCGGACGUGCAGGUCGAGAUGACCGUCCAGCAGACUGCAUUGUCUACUUUGGCUUCUCUGAUAUCUUCAGGAUCAGCACCAUGGUGGUAAUGGAGAACGUUGGUCAACAGAAGUUGCUGCAGAUGGUCGACUACUGCCAGAAUAUUGACAGGUGUCGGCGCUCUCUCAUGGCUGUUCAUUUUGAUGAGGUGUGGGACGGUGAAGGAUGCAACCAGAUGUGUGAUACUUGCCGACAUGCAAACGACUACGCUACUGUGGACAUUACCCAGCAUGCCAGGCAGGUGGUGCAGAUUGUGGAGCUGUCAGCGUCCAUGGAUGAGAAGCUGACUCCUCUGAAGCUGGUGGAGGCCUGGAUGGGAAAAGGCCCUGCCAAGCGCAGGAAGAUGAUUCAGACCACCACACUGUCUCGGCUGCAGGCUGAAGCUGUGAUUGUGCGGCUGCUGGUGCAGGGAUACCUCAGAGAGGAUUUCAGCUUUACUCCAUACACCACCUACUUCUACAUGAAGCUGGGCCGCAAAGCUCCUUUGCUGAAGAAUGAGACUCACACACUCAGUAUGAAGAUGAGGACAGCAGAGUCUGGAUCUGCUGGGGACACAUCAGCUGUUAAAGCCAAUGAGAAGGAGGUUGAUAUAAACUUUGACCCCACUGCCAUGGACAACAGCUGUCCCCCAAACCCCAGACAUAAACUAUGUAAAGACCAGAGGAACCUGUCCAGGAAACAAGACCUGAAGCCAGUAAACCAGACAGACAAAUGGACAGAGGAAGCAAAAAAACAACUGCCAGACAGACAUGGAGAGGAAGAGGAGGAUAAGAGAGGAUCCAUUAAGACCCAACAUGUAGUUGAGGUUGAUGUUGAAAUUAACAUAAUAGAUAACGUAGGUGUUAGCGACAGUCAGAAAACACCAUCACAUCCAGUCAAUCCCUGUUCGAAAAGGACAUCCACCACCCUUCAGAGAGUGAGGAGGAAACCCCGUGCUAAAGUAGCAGAUGUGGACGUUCCCUAUCUUACCCAAGUCGGUGACACCCUCCCCAACACUGUGCCCAGCUCUCCAUCCCAGGCCUCAGUCAUCUCUGAGACUGCAGCUGAGGAGCUCUGUGAACUGAGGAACUACUACAGCAAACAGUUGAGGAGAAUAAACUACAUUUCCCAUGAAUACCUAGGGCAGCCUGCAGAGCCAGGAGUGCUGGCAUGCAUCAGGGAGCCUCUGAGGAGCCUCCGGCUGCCCCGCAGGUUGACCAUCGCCCAGACAGCCCGCAGCCUCUGGACACGAGUCAGCAGCAGGCGGAAACUGGUACAGCGCUGACAUCAGUCUGAAGUUCAGUCAGCUGCAGAAAACCACUCAACAACGUGCAUAAAUGUACUGUCAUAAAAGUUUGGAGUUACUGUAAUACUGUAAUCACAGUGACUUCUUUAACUCCUGUCACAGUUAAAGAAGCCACUGUGUGUAGGAUUUAAAUAUGUCUGACUUUGCAGCAUUCUGAUGGUCAGUUUGAAGAUACUCGAGUAAACAGAAACCCAUGCUGACAAGCAACACAUCCCUCCACAGAUCUGACCUGGGAGCACGACAUGAAUGGAUUGAAACCAAAACAUAACACAACAGUUUGAUUUCCCCACAAACAAAAAUGUAUGCCAUUAACAUAAUACUAAAGAUGUUAUAAUUACACAAAGUUAAAUUGACUUCACAGGCUCUUAAAAACGGGCCGUUUCUCAUACCUUAGCCGCUGUGUUGCCAAUUAAUGAGUUUUCAUGAAUAUGAAGUUGUGGACCUUAAUUUAUAGGUGUACUUCUCUUUUCUGUUAUCUUUGUUUUGAUACAGAAAAUCUACUGAGUAAUCAACUGAAUGCCAAGGGGGGGGUUGUUUACAGAUUGAGAUUGAUUUGAGGCAUUCAAAGGAACUGUGAUGAAUUAACAUAUGCAGUGGAAUUAUUGACAGAGCAGUAUAUUGAAGGUAUGAAACUAAAACUAAACAACACUUUUUUCUGCUUCAGCAUACAUUUCUGCUCUGUACAUCACAUGUGCUCUACUUUGAGAAAAAUUAGAUCCCAAAGGAGGAAAUGUGUACUGUCUUUUGGUUUCUUAAUGGCACCCCCUGUCUGUGCUUUAACCAGAAAUGCAGCUGGUUCUCCUUUCACAUGGAUGUAGGAUUUCUUUUCAUAUACCCAUUCGAAUAAUUUCAUUUUAAAUUUACUCGCAUAAAGCAGUAAUUUCUCCCUAUGAUCACUGGCUGACAGUAACACUAACAGACGGUAGCCUGAGACACAAAGAGACAAAUACUGCAGUAACUUCUAUCAUCUAACAAAUAUAAAGCAAUGCCACUGUUUCAUAUCAUUUUUAUUAUACUUAAAGGCCACGUGUGUAUAAGUCACACACAUCAUGGCCAGAGUCAGUAGUUUGAAGUUUUAUUAACAUUAUAUAUCCCCUCUAAUAGCAACGCAAGCUUCAGAUGUCUUCUUAACUGAGGUUACGGGUGAAGGAAAGUGACCCAUUAAUAUAACUGAUCAAAGGUUCUGAACUCAGCUUUUGCUACCAUUUUGUAGCUGAAAGUUUUACUUUGACUUGUGCUGGAAAUCUAGUCAGGAAAGCAACAGAGAUGAAUCGUUGAGCUGAUAGAGGCCGAUACAACGAUGCUUUGUUUACUGUGACACCGGCAGGCUGGACCUCUUCAGUUAUAUUUACUGUUGGCAAAAUCUUCAAAAUCCUCACAUUAAGUCCAGGAGGUUUGGAUGUAGAAAAAACGGAAAGUACGGAAGAGCUUUGUACCAAGCCUUCUCUGAUACUCUGUAUAAUUGGUUUGUCUUUUUUGAUCCAGAAGUUUCCCAGGUGGAAUGCGUUGUAUUCACUUGCACAUUUUUUCUAUCAAAAUGUUAUAAUCAGUUUAAUUAAUUUUAACAGUAAUGUUCUGAAAAAACUGUAUUCUGAGUGUUUUUGUAUUUUCUAUAACUUAAAAAUAAUGUUAUGAUCUUUUAUCAUGAUAUAUUUCUUCUGUUAAUGACAUUAUAUACUGA